UGGCUGUCCGUUUCCUUCUCCAACCAUUAAUGUACUAAAAUCUCCAUUGCCAUGCAUCUUUCUAAGGUUUCUGUAACCAAAGAAUGGAUUCUCUCCAACACCAUCUCCACCGUUUCAAAAAGCCUUCGUUGCUUUACGACCUUCAAUACGACCAUCAACAAAAGUCCUUUUGGAAGAUUCAUGAUCCUAAUGGCGAGUUCGUUACAAGAUGGAACCACAUUUUCUUGUUCACUUCCUUUGUCGGUCUAUUUGUCGAUCCUCUCUUUUUGUUGCUUCCCAUUAUUAAGGAAACCUGCAUGAGCACAGACAAAUUAUUGGGAUUCUUCAUUGUAGCCUUUCGCGUUAUGGUUGAUCUCUUCGCCAUCCUUCAGAUCAUAUUGAAGUUUCGUACAGCUUAUGUUUCCAAGAAAACACGGGUUUUUGGCAAGGGUGAGCUGGUGAUGGAUAACCGCUUGAUUGCUAUUCGUUAUUUAAAAAACGACUUUGUCAUUGAUCUUGCUGCUGCCCUCCCACUCCCACAAAUUGUUAUUUGGUUUAUUAUGCCAUUGAAUGGAUCAUCAGCCACUCAUGCUAAUCAUGCCAUCUCUUUGAUUAUUAUGCUUCAGUACGUGCCAAGAUUGUUAGUCAUUUUCCCCUUAAAUUCAAAGAUUAUUAGGAAUACAGGUGUUGUGGCAAAGACAGCUUGGUCCGGUGCCGCAUACAAUCUCCUCCUGUAUUUGCUAGCAAGUCAUGUUUUAGGAGCUAUAUGGUAUCUGAUGUCUAUUGAGAGGCACUUUUCAUGCUGGAAGGAUGAGUGCGAAAAGAAGCAGGAAGGUGCUCCAGAUUGUAAUAAAGACUACCUUGAUUGCUCAUCACUUGGUAAACCUGGGCGUCAGGAGUGGGCGGAAACCACUGGCGUGUUCGGUAAUUGCAGUGCUAAUAACAAGAUAAGCUUUGAGUUUGGAAUGUUUGGUGAUGCAAAUAAAGAAGAAGUUACAUCUGCUGCCUUCUUUGCUCGAUACUUUUACUGCUUAUGGUGGGGUUUAAAGAGCCUAAGUUCAUAUGCACAAAGUAUUGAAACAAGCACGAACAUUGUCGAGACACUCCUUUCCAGUCUUAUUUGUCUUCUGGGUUUGGUGUUCUUUGCACUGCUGAUAGGCAACAUGCAGAGCUAUCUACAAUCCAUGACAGCAAGACUUGAACAAUGGAGAAUUAAAAGAAGGGACACUGAGGAGUGGAUGAGGCACCGUCAGCUGCCUGAAGAUCUACAGGAGCGUGUUCGUCGAUUUGUUCAGUAUAAAUGGUUAGCUACAAGAGGUGUAGAGGAAGAAGAAAUUUUGCGUUCCUUACCCUUGGAUCUAAGGCGCCAGAUUCAGAGGCACCUGUGCCUUGCACUUGUUCGUCGUGUACCUUUCUUCUCCCAAAUGGAUGAUCAGCUCUUAGAUGCAAUAUGCGAAUGCCUUGUUUCAUCAUUGAACACGAAAGACACAUAUAUUGUUCGGGAAGGAGAUCCAGUAAAUGAGAUGCUUUUCAUAAUUAGAGGUCAACUUGAGAGUUCAACAACUAAUGGAGGAAGGUCUGGCUUCUUCAACUCAAUUACGCUAAAUGCUGGUGACUUUUGCGGUGAAGAAUUACUAACAUGGGCCUUAGUGCCUAAUCCAAAUCUUAAUCUUCCAACUUCAACUCGAACAGUGAAAUGCCUUACAGAAGUUGAAGCAUUUGCACUUAGAGCUGAAAAGCUCAAGUUUGUUGCAAACCAGUUCAGACGCCUCCAUAGUAAGAAACUACAACAUGCAUUCCGGUUCUACUCACAGCAAUGGAGGACAUGGGGAGCUUGCUACAUCCAAGCUGCAUGGAGACGCCAUAAGAGGAAAAAACUAGCGGACGAAUUGUCAAGAGAAGAGAGCUUGUACUACAGGGGCGGGAUGGACCAAGAUGAUGAUUAUGGUCACGAAUAUCCAGAAGCCGGUGGUAAUGCUCCGGAUCAUACCACAGAAAGCAGUAUUCAACAUCUUGGAGCUACAAUAUUGGCAUCAAGAUUUGCAGCUAACACCAGAAGAGCCAAGGUGGCACGGGUAGACCCUGGUGAAUCCAGCUUACGUAUGCCUAAACUUUUUAAGCCUGACGAGCCUGAUUUUUCUGAUGAUCCUAGUCACUGAAGAGUCAGUUCUUGCUUACGGGUUGAAGUUAGAGUUAGUAGGUAGGUUGCUUUUUCACAUUUCACCUUUUGCUGUUUCUUGUUAUACAAGAGAAAACAUUUCUUCCAACCCAUGCGCUACUACAUAGCAGUGACUAACUACUUAACAAAUGUAAAUUGGCUGCUAGCUUUAAUCCCCAGGGCACUUUUAGUGACACCCAGAUGGUUUCAGGUAAAUCCCUCUUAUCAGUGAACAACUACAGUCUGAAUAUUAUUUGAUGUUAAAUAACAUUGUUGA